UUGUGUUGUGGCACAUUUACCACAAUAUUAUUGUGCAUUUCUACUUUUGUUUAUGGCUUUUAAAUUUAGUUUCAGGCGUUUACAUCGAAUGUUUAUGUGUUGCUCUGUUUUAUGCUGAAGAAUAUUAUCACGUACGCGUGUUUCGUUUUCCUGUUGGGAAUUCAGGAAAUAUCUUCCACAAGUGGAUCGACGGAUAAACCGUCAGCCAUGUCACAUACAGAAUCAAAUCCAUUAGCGACAUUAAUAGUAGAUAAAAAUGAAAUUGAAGAUGUCAACAACAGCGACAAGAUGGCAGACGAAGUCUUGUCAAGAGUGAAACGUUACUAUCCUUAUUAUUAUAGAAGAUAUCCACCCAUUCCAAUAAUCGUUGGUGGAGGUAUUGGUUUUGGCGGAAUCGGGUUUGGUAGAGGAUUUGGCGGAAGAGGAUUCGGUGGCAGGGGAUUCGGUGGCGGAUUUGGUGGCAGGGGAUUCGGCGGCGGAUUUGGUGGCAGGGGAUUCGGCGGCGGAUUUGGUGGCAGGGGAUUCGGCGGCGGAUUUGGUGGCAGGGGAUUUGGCGGCAGGGGAUUUGGUGGACGUGGUUUUGGAAGCAGAGGAGGUGGUUUCGGAGGCAGAGGAGGUGGAUUUGGAGGCGGACGAGGCGGUAUAAGAUAAGGAUUAUAAUACUUAUUAUUAUUUAUAAAAUUGUUACGUUGAUGAAAAAAUAAAAUAUUUAUGUAUGAUAAAAUUGUUUUAAUUUUUAAAUUUUAUAAAUAACAAAACAAUGUAUACCGCCCGGAGUAAAAAAUAAACUUAUGUGCCACACCGUUGAAAACUUAACCAGUUUAAAACUCAAUUUAUUUGUUGAACACAAAAACAUAAUAAACCGCCUUCAAAAA